GCAGGGCGGCCACCCACGCGCAGCUGGCGGCGUUUCCUUCGGCGGCUACAAAGUGUCCCCUCGCUCGUGCGCCUGGCACAGCCAACUCCGCCAGGCCGGGCAGUUUGGCGAGCCGCCCCCUUCCCCGCCCCCCCCCCGGGCAUGUAAAUAAGGCGGGCCGGGGGUGGGGGCACAGGAGCGCGCGCCGCCGCCCCCUGCCCUGCCCCGCCCCGCAGACACACGCAGGCGGCGGCCCCGGGAGCAGCCACACGUGCUUGCGCGCGACAUGGAGCUGGAGGAGCUGGGCAUCCGGGAGGAGUGCGGCGUCUUCGGCUGCAUCGCCGCCGGCCUGUGGCCCUCGGAGCUGGACGUGCCGCAUGUGAUCACCCUGGGGCUGGUGGGCUUGCAGCACAGAGGCCAAGAGAGCGCUGGGAUUGUGACAAGUGAUGGAGAAACAGCCCAUUCCUUCAAAGUGCACAAGGGAAUGGGUUUGGUUAAUCAUGUGUUCAGUGAAGACAGUCUGAAGAAGCUGUAUGUUUCAAAUCUUGGAAUUGGUCACACAAGAUACUCUACCUCGGGAGUCUCUGUACUGGAUAACUGCCAACCAUUUGUGGUGGAAACUCUGCAUGGGAAGAUCGCCGUGGCCCAUAACGGAGAGUUGACAAAUGCAGCACGACUGAGGAGAAAGCUAAUGCGCCAUGGAGUUGGAUUAUCCACCAGUUCUGACAGUGAACUGAUCACUCAGCUGCUGGCAUUCACCCCCCCUUUAGAGCAUGACGACACCCCAGACUGGGUAGCAAGGAUCAAAAACUUGAUGAAUGAAACACCCACUUCAUAUUCACUUCUGAUGAUGCAUAAAGAUAUUAUCUAUGCAGUACGAGAUCCCUAUGGGAACCGGCCGCUCUGUAUUGGCCGCCUCGUUCCAGUUGGUGAUAUUAAUGGAAAAGGGAAAAAUACCUCUGAAACAGAAGGAUGGGUUGUUUCCUCAGAAUCCUGUAGCUUUCUAUCUAUUGGCGCUGAAUAUUACCGUGAAGUCAUGCCUGGAGAAAUUGUGAAGAUAUCCAGAUACGACAUCCAAACAUUGGAUGUUGUACCAAGGCCUGAAGGAGAUCCAUCAGCAUUUUGUAUUUUCGAAUAUGUAUAUUUUGCAAGGCCUGAUAGCAUCUUUGAAGGUCAGAUGGUGUAUUCUGUAAGGAGGAGAUGUGGCCAACAGCUUGCUAUUGAAGCUCCAGUGGAGGCAGAUUUGGUUAGCACAGUUCCAGAAUCCGCAACUCCAGCAGCUCUUGGCUAUGCACAAAAGUGUGGGUUACCAUACAUCGAAGUGCUGUGCAAAAAUAGGUAUGUAGGAAGAACAUUCAUUCAACCAAACAUGAGGUUAAGACAGCUCGGAGUAGCCAAAAAGUUUGGAGUCUUGUCUGACAACUUCAGAGGGAAGCGGAUUGUUCUUAUUGAUGAUUCUAUCGUAAGAGGCAAUACCAUCUCACCCAUAAUUAAACUCUUGAGAGAAUCUGGCGCUAAAGAGGUGCACAUUCGUGUGGCUUCACCUCCAAUAAAAUUUCCUUGUUACAUGGGAAUAAACAUACCAACAAAAGAAGAACUCAUUGCUAACAAGCCUGAAUUUCAUGACCUGGCUAACUACAUAGGAGCUGACAGUGUUGUCUACCUUUCGGUAGAAGGAUUGGUAUCAUCUGUUCAAGAAAGCAUCAAAGCAAAACAAGACAAUAAAAACAACAUAAAGACCAGCAAGUUCCACACCGGGAAAGUCGGCCAUUGCAUAGCUUGUCUUGUCGGAGAAUAUCCUGUAGAACUUGAGUGGUGAAUGUUCUGAAUGCAGACACUACUGAAUUUAAAGAUUGGACUUAAGAAAUGUAUUGCACCCCAAAUCAAGCAGUGAAUUGCUACCAAGCAGUUAUCAAACCACUCAUAUUUAGUUAAAACAUUGUUAAGUUUGACAUGAACCAUACUAGAACUUAAAAUAAUGCAGUGUGAUAUUAGUGCCGUUACUUUUGGAGCUCAUCAUAAAUCUUUUGAUUCCUUACUAGCCUAACUUUGCGGGAUGGGAAAACAUAAAGAGUUGUUCAUAACAUUGGUUAAUUAAGAACUACAUUCUGAGAAAGAUCAUAAGACUAUUAAGCCAUCUCAAAUUAUGAAAGAGAGUGUGUCAAAUUUGUUUUUUUAUGAUUACCAGAUUCUGGAGUUAAAGUACUUUCCUAGCUAUUUUUAUCUAGCUGUGAGUUUUGUUUUGCAGAAUGAAAAUUGUGCGCCUACAUUUUGGCUUCCAUAACUACAGGACCUUAUAGUCAAAGUCUUUGUUAUAACUUGCUUCCGAAGAGACAAUAUUUUUAUACAAUGUGAUGCUGAGACCUAGAGACUCAGGGAAAUACUAAACCAAAUUUCUAAUACCUUCAAGUGUGGCAAAUAAUAUCUUCAAGUGCUUUCAAGUUGUCAAGGGAUAAACACACUGAUAAGCAUUUUGAGUACUAUGAUUUAGACGUUGUAUUAAGUUUUUGUUAUGUUUUAUCUCGAAUGCUUACUGAAGAUUAGACUGAGUGAAUGUUUUUAUUACGUUUAAACCUUCAAAGAAGACUCAAAACGUUGAAAACCUCAACAUGCAAACAUUGCAGCAGAGUAUUUUAACAAAUGUAUUGAGCUUAAUUUUAAAUAUACAUGUUUUACUGCCUUGCCCAAUAUUCUGUGGCUUUUUAAAAAUGUGGUAUAUGUUUGUCUAUAAAUAAAUGAAGUUGAAAUAA